GAAAUUGAAACCCACAGUCCUGACAAGGACAACUGGACUGCUGGUGAACCUUAUCUCAUAUAUCACUUACGACCAACUACACAGAUGGGCUAUGACCAUUCAGAUAUUUCCAGUAAAUGGGACACACUAGCUGAGAAAGUUCGAGAAAGAUUACGAUGCUUGAGGCCAACAGAGACCAUUACAGACAGUGAAAUUAAAGACGCUUUAAAAGACUUUAUCAAUCCUGAAGAAUUUCUAUGUAGAACAGAUGGCGAACACAAACCAAAUUUAGAAAGUUCAAGUAAUACUUUCGUGAGUGAUUUUAAAGAUAUGGAUAAAGAGUUUAAUAUUGUAUUUUUGGGGACAGGAGCUUCAUUGCCGUCGAAGUAUAGAAACGUUAGUUGUACUCUUGUAAAUAUAAGGUAAGCAAUCUCCUAUCAGUUCUACAACUACAGUAUUCUAGUGUUCUUCCUAGAUUUCCAGUAAGGGUGUGGUCCUGCAUUGGGUCAGUGGUACAACAGGAGGCAACCUUGUCUAAACUAAGGCCACAUAAAAAAAUAGUUUGUUGGCAUACUCGCCUGCCCACAAAAAAGGCCCUGCUCAGGCGUAAAAAAAAUACCUGUGGUUCCGGUUCCCAACCGACCCUAUUUUUUUCUGCCGACCCUAUUAUUUUUUCAAUGCGAUUGACCGUGCAACCCUAUUUUCUCCAGGUGGUUGCGGGCUGCUCAUACAGCAUGCCAAAAUGGCGUCUGUUGUCACAAUGAUUAUUGAACCAAAUUGCCUCAAUUUGUCCAUAGCAAAUACGCACCUCUAGUUAAUUAAUAUUGAUGUCGGGACUGCAAAUCAGCAAAACCAUGAAAAAAAUAUUCAAAAAAAAAAUUAUUUCCGACCUACCGACCCUAAUUUUUUCACGAUAUGAAACCGGAACCACAGGUACUUUUUUUACGCCUCAGCAUUUUUUUUAUUUAAAAAAACCCAACUUUUAUUGAUCAACAGGCUCUAAUAUAUGUAGUAUUUCUGUUGAAUGUAGUCAAUUGUGUUAAUAAAUUGCGAAAUUGCAUGUGAAAAUGACGGUAUGAAUCAUAUUUUGAAAUAUAUAAAAAAAAUAUCUGUACUGCACAAGAAAAUCCAGCUUCAGACCUAAAACCAAGGCGUUAAAAAUUAGUAAAAAUUAAAAAAAAAGUGCCUGUCUGCCCCCUUUUGGCAAAAUCUAAGGACGCUAUUAACCAACUAUUUUUUUUAUGUGGCCUAACUUGGAUAGCUCUAUUAGUUCUACAACGUUCUUUCUAGAGAUCCAGUAAGGAUCAUCUCUUAUUGAUCCAGUGUUACUACAGGAGGAAACCUGAACUAAACUAAUUUAAUUUAUAUUGGAUAACUCUAUCAGUUCUAAACUGUUUUUCCUAGAGGUGCAGUAAGAGUCCUCUCUUAUUGAUCCAGUGUUACUAUCGGAAGAAACCUAGACUAAACUAACUUUAUUUAUACUGGAUAUAUCUCUAUUAGUUCUACAUGCACUGUUCUCUCUAGAGGUCCACUAAGGGACAUAUGAUUCUUUUUGUGUUUUUAUAGUUCCAAUAAAUUAAUGUUACUAGACUGUGGGGAAGGUAGUUAUGGUCAGUUAUACAGACAUUAUGGUCCAAAUCUGGAUGAUAUUUUACGAAAACUGUGUUGUAUUUUCAUAUCACACAUACACGCUGACCAUCACUUGGUAAGAAACUGCUCUGCUUAAUGUUAGACCAGACUAUUUUUCUUUCCAAACGUGCCGUAACAAGCUGGAGCAGAGAUUUUCAUGAUUUGAAACACUGGAGUAUAUUAUAUUUAUAUUUGUCUAUCAAUUUUAUCAUUCUAGGGGCUUGUAAGAGUUCUUCAAGCUUGGGAAAAGAGUACGAAAUCUCUACCA